UGCCCAGUGGCCAAUUUCGACUUUGCCAUGGCUGACGACGACAGCCUUCAGGCCCUCGAGGCCCUACACCGCGAUCUCUGCGCCCUCAUUGACAACAGACUGCCCGUGCUCGAACGCCUGCUGGUCAACCUGGAGAGCCAAUUGGAAGACUUCAAGGCUCUGAUUGACAAGAAACCCAAGAGCGAUGCCAGUCGCAAAACUUUGAAUCAAGGCAAAAUCACCCUGGAUGAUGUCGAAUACGAGCUCAAUGAUGAGUUCAAGCAGCAAACGCUGGAAAUGGCAGAGGCUCUGGAUCUGGAUGAAAUGGACGCCGCCGCCUAUAUGGUGGGUGCUCAAGCUGAAGCGACUGAGCUCGAUCGCUCUCAGCUCCAGACCGCCGUCAUACGAUUCCACCGCCGUCGCGAGUUGGUCCUACUGUGCCUGCGCAUGCUCUUCAAGAUCGCCUUUGAGAGCCCCGACCCCGACACCGAUCAAUACGACAUGUUGCGGACCGCUGCGUCUUUCAUUCUCGACGUGAGCGACACCCAGAAUUUCGCGACGGCGUACAUGUUCUGGGGGAAAUGCCUAGAGAGCAUGUCGGCUGUUGAGAAAUGGCUUCAGAAUAUUGCGGAGCGCCUCCAGAGCGCUCACGUUGUUGGACAAGUUCCCCUGCCUGGCUUCGUCGAAAUUAUGACCUUUCAGCGCGAAAGUCUCACUCGCCAGCACGAGAAUUUGUCCGCCAUUUGUACACACAUGAUCAAGCUUGGCUAUGCCAAUAUGGAGAACCUCAAGGCCCUUCUCGCCAAGGCAAAAACGAUCGACAAGCACGACCUCAUCACCAUCCACUAUGUUCCGAUGCUGCUCCGCCUGGUAUCCCACAUCGCCUCCGAAUCUACUACUCCCACUAGAGAGGCUCGAGCCUUCCACACUACCCUGUUGGCCGGAAGAGACAACGACCCGUGGUUAUUGAGGAAUCUUCAUGCUGCCGUCCUGACUUGGUGGCUUGCUGAGUAUAGUGGAAGAUACAUUGACCCAAACACCGCGGAUGCUGAUUUAGCGAACGUGGAUUUUGACCAGGAGGCCAAUGCUCGCUCCGAAGCUUUUCUCCGGGCUCUGGAUGAUGGCGCUUAUCAUUUCAUACUUUCCUUCAGUCAAGAUGUGCGCCCAGUCAAGUGGUAUGACCCACAAAAGACGAGCAUGAUCUCUGCACUGUUGCAAGAUACCACUGUGCUGACAUUGGAAUCUGCGCAGCCAGAGGAAUUCUUCAAGAUCCUCAUCAUGGAGCAGCUCCAGGUCUUCGUCGACUCAUUCAUCACAAACAUGCCCGAUACUCUCCGCAGACUCAAGGUCGAAGAGGACGAUCAGCGAAGGCGAUUGCAACUGCAUUUUGGUCAGUCCAGCGGAGAGUAUCCCCUUCACUUGGAACGUUUCCUUGUGAUUGUCUCUUAUGCGUUCGACGGCUUCCCCGAAGCUGCCGAGGACUUUUGGGAGGACAAGGAGAGCAAUCUGUAUGGGUUUUUGCAGUGGGCUGCGAAACGACAGCCCACACCACGUAUAGCCAUGUUUUGUGAAAUGCUCCGGGCCAUUUCUGCUGGCGAUGCGAAUGCCGAUGCAGCGCAUCGAUUCUUGAUGGAAGAAGGGGCUUCAUCAGCCGGCAGAAUUCGUCGAACUAGCUCCCUCAGCUACACGCAUAUCUUCAACGAGCUUGCCGAGUUUCAGUCCGACAUUCACGAGCCUAAGAAAGCGAUCCAGGGCGGUCUUUACGCGCCAAAUCAAAAUCCCGCUGAUCAGAUUGUGGAGCCUGAGAGCGCCACUAUGCUCGAAAGUUAUCUCCGUCUGUUAGCACACUUGUGCCGCGAGAGUAAACUGGCACGCGAAUGGUUACUAGACCAUCAAGACUACAAUCUGACAGGUAUAUGUUUCGGACUAUGUGCUGACAAGGUCGAAAGUGGUCUGCGUGCAUCUGCGUUUGAUGCUAUUUCUGCAAUACUGGUCGAGAAAAAGCCAUUGCGCGCCGCUGCUGUGUGGAACAAUCUCGAUGAAUGGACAGUUUCCGGGUUCUAUGUCGGCUCGAAACAAAGUAGCGCAAUAGUUCCUUAUGCCCGCGAUGAGCUGUGGGCCAAUUUAGCCAAUGGCUAUGAUGAAUCAAUCUCGUUUGUUCGUCUGCUUCACGCAUUGAUUGAGCCGUAUUCCACCGAUGAAGGCUUAAACGACACGCUUCCAUUUCCAGAAGGACUUGGUUCAGCCCGCAGAAUGCCCGGCAUCGAAAAGUAUAUCGACUUUGUCAUGCAGCAAGUCUUUGCAGAGCGAAGUCCCGAAAUCCAAGAUUCCUUGCAACGGAACGUCAUGCGAUGGACAUGCUUGCGAUUUAUGAGUGUCUGCCUUCGCACUUUCAAUGAGAACCUUGUUGUCUUUGCGAACAAGUCGAGCAUUCCCGUGGACGACAUCAUCGAACCCUCUUCCCUGGCGGCUUAUGUUGUGUUGCAUCCAUUUACAAGGGUGAUGGAAUGGUUGUUCAACGACAAAGUGCUCAAGGCCCUGUUUGCGUCUUCGCAUCAUGAUGCUAAAGACGUCGACGCGGCUUCCACAGACUCACCGUUGGUGCAAUCUCUCAUGCUAAGCAUCGAUGUGAUGGAUCAAGUUUUGAGGCUACAAGCUACUUACCUUGACAUCGUGCGGCCAGUGUUGAAGCAACAGACAUCCUCACGUGGCUCGACCGUAGCCAACGUAUCGCUUGCUUCUUUCGAAGAUGCCAUUCUGAAUAACCUUCAGAUUAUUGUCGAUCUCGGUCUUUAUUGCGGUACUGGGCAUGAAUCACUUACCAUUGCUUCUCUCCAGCUGCUCGAGAAGAUGGCCUCAUCACGGAAACUUGCGAUAUCCCCCGCCGGGUUUGCACAGCGCACAGGCCGCAGUAAAAUCGUUGGUAUACUGGAGAAGGACAACGAGUCAGAACGCAUUGGACGCUCUCUGUCCGGCUUGAUGAAAUUUACCGACGAUGAGCUAGAGGCAAAGGACGAGGCUCCUGGCUAUGUCAUCAAGAUUCGCAUUCUCGACUUUCUGAAUAGUUGUCUAGCGGCUGUCUCGCAAAGACCAACCAUCGCCCAUAUCUUGCUCGGCUUUUCGUGUGGCAGCACAACUGUUCGUAUUGCCGAGGAUAGUUUAUGGGUUUCUGGCAGUUCACUUUUCCAUGCUAUUCUUCUGUCCGCUGUGAGGUAUCCUGACAACGACGGGGAAACCUUUAGCUCCUGGAUGUCCGAAAUUAAAACCAAGUGUUGGGGGGUCCUGCAGAAGCUCUGGACCUCUCCCCUGACACAUGCAGUGGUCAUGGAGGAGUUGCGCAUCAACGAGCUUCUGUUCGUGGAAACGCCUGCGCUGAUGCCGAUCAGUCCUGACACCCCCUGGGACGGACUUUCUCUUGGGGAAGCACUUUCAAAGCUAACAACAGGAGAACAUACACCGUUCUUCUACGAAUCACCUGCGCGAGCAUUACAAAACUUCCUACAGCGACGUGCCGCAUUUCUGGACUACGAAUCACGAGAGCUUCGUCUGACGGUCAAAGAAGGAAUGCCAACCAUGAAGUCACGAAUCCAAUCUGCUCUGUUAGGUACGACAAUACGACCUGGCGAAGACCCCAUUUCGAACGCUACUGUAUUCGAUCUGUUCGACUUCAUAGAAAUGAACUACCCUCAGAGGGGUGUUCCGGAGCACGUUUUGCUUGAAGGCAUCAACCUUGCAUCCUGCCAAGAAGAAGAAAAUGGAAUUGAGCUCUUCUCUAGGCCAUUACUAGAGCAAGUCCUCCUGUUGAAGUUGCGAUUUUUCAAGAGAACCGGACAAUUUAAAGAUGAAGAAGCGGAGAUUGACUCGCAAAACACUGCGAUCGCUCUAUUAAUAGCGUUUGACGACUGGAACCGUCGCGCACAGCUCAUUCACUACCACAAAGAGAUAUUGCAAUCAUGGGUACAGCUGCUGAUGGUCACGCUCACUGCAUGUGAAUUUGAUACCAGUUCGCGUACCGCAUUCAUUCUCCAGACCUUGCAAGUCAUACUGCCGAAACUCGAGCUAUCUUACAAUGCCGACAUAUUCACUGCACUUCAAUUAGCGAGCCUUGGUGAAAUACUCAUUCGUAACAUCGACUUCAACUCGACCGCUUUCGAGAAAACACGAAAUGGCGAUUUCGCCAAUGAUCGUCUCUCUCAACUAUUCCGCGCUGCGCUUGUCGGCAUUUACAGCCCCGUUUCAACGAUCGAGCUCCGGGAGUACUGCUACCAGAUCUGUUUCCGCUACAUCCAUGGCACCUUCGAGAAAGCUACCAAGGGCUCCCUCCUCGGUCGACACACCCUGAGCACGGUUAAGAACUGUGGUAGUCACUUGAUCGAAGUCGUGUGCGAUGAUGCCUACAGCGGACAAGGCAUGUGCAAAGUUUCAGCACUUCUCCUCCUCCAAGCCCUUGUCUCUGUCGCAGCCCGCCAAGAGUCCAAAUACAUACUCGAAUCCUUCGUCUCCCUCAACUUCAUCGGCGUCCUCAUCGACAACAUCAAGCACAUCCCCGAAGAACUCAAAGCAGCCGCCGCGCCCCAAGUUCCCGCCCUCCUUUCAUAUUACGAUGCCAGCCUCGCCCUCCUCCUGCGCAUAUGUCAAACCCGCAUCGGUGCCGCCUACGUUCUCAACGCCAGCCUCUUCUCCUCGAUCCGGGAAUCCCGCAUCUUCGACGUCGAUCCAGAUAUCGGCCUCGAAUUCGACAACCCGAACGCGCUCAAGAAAUACUACGAACUUAUGCUUGCCGUGCUCCGCGUUAUCAAUGCUGCCGUCAUUGCACGCGGUCGACAGAACGACCAGACUGUUUUCCAGGCCCGCGAGUUUUUGAAGCAGAGUAGGCAUAGCAUGGUUGCCAUCUUUAAACGCAGUGUGAAUGUGGGAUCUGGGCUCGGACAGGAUCAGGAGCUUGUGCAGGAUCUGAAUGAUCUUGUUGAUUGCUUUACCGUGCUUGUGGAUAUUACUGGAUUCUUGGAGUAUGAAGAUUCGUCGACUCAGAAGAUGGCUCGCGCCAACAUGUUUUCUUAG